CGGCGUCCGUCGUCCUCAGCCAUCCGUCCCAACUAACGAACCAGGGCAACUACGCCUAAGAACGGCAAACCUCGCGCGCCGAGCUCGGACGGCCGGCCGGCCGCACGCGCGCCAGCCAGGGCCAGGAGCCGAUCCAGCAGCACCGGCCGCCACUCCCCUCCGAUCCUCCGCCCACUACGUUACCUAGUACCAUGGCCUACACCGAGCCGCUCCUUUUCACCACGCCCCAUAGCCACAGCCCCCGCGCGCGCCACCUCCACAUCUCCGCCGCCGUCCCUACGCCCACCCCUUCCCCGGCCACCACGCCCAGGAACAACCCGGCCGGCGAGCACGAGCACUCCGCCGCCGCGGCCGCAGCCGCCAGCAUGGUCGUAGCGGUGCGCGGGCGCGACGACGAGACGGGGAAGCUCGUCGUCGUGGCCGCCGGCGCCGGAGACGAAGAGGACGGUGAUGAUGAUGAUGAGGAGGCCCCAGGGGACGCGGCGGCGGUGCGGUCGGCGCGCGACGGGGUGGCGGUGUUCGCGGAGGAGUCGCGGCGGCUGUGGGCGAUCGGCGCGCCCAUCGCCUUCAACAUCCUCUGCCUCUACGGCACCAACUCCACCACCCAGAUCUUCGCCGGCCACAUCGGCACCCGCGAGCUCUCCGCCGUCGCCAUCGGCCUCUCCGUCGUCUCCAACUUCUCCUUCGGCUUCCUCCUGGGCAUGGGGAGCGCGCUGGAGACGCUGUGCGGGCAGGCGUUCGGGGCGGGGCAGGUGGCGAUGCUGGGCGUGUACAUGCAGCGGUCAUGGAUCAUCCUCACGGCCUCGGCGCUGCUCCUCUCGCCGCUCUACGUCUUCGCGGGCGGAAUCCUCCGCCUCCUCGGCCAGGACGACGCCAUCGCCGACGCCGCGGGGGACUUCACGCUCCGCAUCAUCCCGCAGAUGUUCGCGCUCGCCAUCAACUUCCCCACGCAGAAGUUCCUCCAGGCGCAGAGCAAGGUGGCGGCGCUGGCGUGGAUCGGCUUCGCGGCGCUCGUGGCGCACGUCGGCCUGCUCGCGCUCUUCGUGUCCGUGCUCGGCUGGGGCAUCGCCGGCGCCGCCGCGGCCUACGACGUGUCGUCCUGGCUCACGGCGCUGGCGCAGGUGGCGUAUGUUGUGGGUUGGUGCAGGGAAGGGUGGACGGGGCUGUCGAGAGCCGCGUUCAAGGAGCUCUGGGCUUUCGUCAAGCUCUCGCUGGCCUCGGCUGUUAUGCUCUGCUUGGAGAUUUGGUACAUGAUGGUGCUCGUUGUCCUCACCGGCCACCUCGACGACGCCGAGAUCGCCGUCGACUCCAUAUCCAUAUGCAUGAACAUCAAUGGGUGGGAGGGGAUGCUGUUCAUCGGGCUGAACGCGGCCAUCAGCGUGCGCGUGUCCAACGAGCUGGGAUCGGGGAGGCCGAGGGCGACGAUGCACGCGGUGGUGGUGGUGCUGGCGCAGUCGCUGGCGCUGGGGCUGCUGGCGAUGGUUCUCAUCCUGGCAACGAGGAACCAUUUCGCAGUGAUCUUCACAGGCGACACGCACCUGCAGAAGGCCGUCGCCAACAUCGCCUACCUGCUCGCCGUCACCAUGGUGCUCAACAGCAUCCAGCCGGUCAUCUCGGGCGUCGCCGUCGGCGGCGGCUGGCAGGGCGUCGUGGCAUACAUCAACCUCGGCUGCUACUACGCCUUCGGCCUCCCCCUCGGCUUCAUCUUCGGCUACCUCUUCAGAUGGGGCGUCAGGGGGAUCUGGGCGGGGAUGUUGUGUGGGACAGCGUUGCAGACAGCGAUCCUCAUGUACAUGGUUUAUAAUACCGACUGGAAAGCAGAGGCAUCGCAAGCGUUGGAAAGAGUGAGAUUAUGGGGAGGGCAGCAUGAGAAGCUUCCCACGAUAGACAGGGAGGAGCCUAGAUAGAACUCUGAUUGAGCUUUGUCUCUCGGUGCAAUACCGUGGAUUGUGCUAGGCUAAGGUAGUGUGUACCCUGUGUUAUUUCAGGCGGGAAAUUAACGAGUUAGACAGAAGCCUUUUAGAACAUUGAUUUUGUAGGGAUCAUGCGGAUAUACCUAGAGUUUAUAGCUACUGGCUGGUAGUCAAAGGAAUUUCUGUACAAACUUAAUGAAGUUUUGAGUGAUCAGGUUAGUAUUAGUGUUUUGACAGCAUGCGUUGGGCUAUCUCGGAUACCAGCUUCGUAGAUAUCAAGACCCAAUUCACAACUGGGCAUGGCAAUUGCACAAAGAAGGAUAUGCAGUUUCAACCAGCAAGGAAGGGAAUUGAAGUCUACCGAGGCCAGUUUGGAAUUGAGUUUUUCUCUUUUUAGGAAUCAUCUGGAGAGUUCUUCCAUCUGAAUUUCAUAACUUCAAGAGAAGUGUUACAUGGUUAUGAGUCGUGAGGAGAUAAGCGGCGGCUGCCUUCAUAUUGAUCUUUUUUAGCCGCUAAGACCCCAUUGUAGUAUCAUCUAUGGUGUUUUCAAGAGUUAUGUUGGAAUUCGGACGGUAGAAAAGAAUUGUGAUUUUCCUGGUCGA